AUAAAUAUUAGAAAAAUUAUACCGGCAGCAGAACUACCGUUAGUACUUGUGCUUCCAGUAGCCCAACUUUGUCCUCGGGACAAACGCACCAAACUACCAAUCUGAAGAAGAGAAAAAGGUUGUGYCAGGUUCUGCAUGGAAAGUUCCGUCGCCAAUCACAACAAAAGCUUGCGAGGCUGAAAACAAAUUUGCAACCACCCCAGACCCAUUGAACAGAUCGAAUAGAAUAGAAUAGAAGACAUACCAAGACAGGGGUUCGGUUUGGUUUGGCUAAGGUUCCUGAACACAUACGAUACAGUUCUGGCUUCUACAGUUGCAGCUACCUCGCCGAUAGCAACCCAUCCACGGCAUGAGUGCCAUCACCCAAGAAAUGGCGUCGUCGCUGUCCCUCUCCCUGUCCUUGGUGCCGGCGUCCUCGGCGCCGCUGCAGUCUCCGAUAAGCAGGGAUGGUGAUUGCCCCCGCCGCAGGAGGAAACAGAACCGCAAUCGCCGCCUUCGCAACAGCAAGGCGCAGCUGCUCCGGCUCAACGCUAUCUACGACGACGACAAGGAAGACAAGGAGAACGACAACAGAGGCUGCGGGAGCACGCCGAGGAGCCACGGCUGGUCUUGUUCCACGGCRUCGUCCUCCUUCGUGACACACUGCGACAACAUCGAUGUAGUAGACGCCGAUGACAUGGACAGCGACAUCGAAAGCAGCGACAGCACUUCGUGCGCCAGCCCUUCGUUUCUCGCCCAGGCCCGGGCCUCGCUCCGCGAUCUCGACGAGUGGCUCCAGAUGGCCAGCUCCGAAGAAAGCAGCAGAAGCGGCCGCGAUGCGAGCCGCAACAGCAGCCAACACGCAAAGCGCGGAACCCACGAAACGGUGGGGAGCUCGAAGACSAACRGCGACWGCKCCCGGUCCGGGUCGCUGUCCCGCCGGCACUCCGAGUCGGCCCUGUCGUGGCUGCAGGAAAUCAAGGACGACGACCUGGAGCAAAGGAGACGGAUCGCGGAAGCGAUCGCCACCUCGUCGCUGAAGGAGACGAGUGUUCGGUCUUCUGCGAGCUCCAAAAAAUCCAGGCUCGGGGCUUCCCUGAAGCAGCGAUCCAUGAGGCUCUUUCAGCACAACARCAGCAGCARCAACARCARCAACAGCAAUCACAACCACAGCAAGGAGAAGCCAGAAGACAAUAGCCUGGGGAUCAGUGCAUCGAUCGACAAGCAGGGGCGCAAAGGGGUCKGUGCCUUUUUGUUUCGCGGCCGCCGCGGACAUCCGUCUUCGCCUUGCCCCUCUCAAAGAAAGGAGCGUAUGUGUACCACCUUCGAAGAGCAGCGAUUCGAUGACGAGCACGAUAUCAGAACCGUCAAUACCACGCGUUCUUCCAAAAACGGAGAAAACCCUUUGGGCAUUGGCAGCAAUACCAUGAGCAUCAUCAACGAGAACCAUUCCAGAACCGAGGACCGCCAACCUGCGUCACCGCUGAACAAYAACCACAUCAACACUAACAAUACUACUACUGACAAGGACAAGGACCUACAGCUCAAGCGGGCAAUACUAGGCAGUGCCCGCGUCUUGACCAUGGACGGGCUCGUGGAAUCCUUUGAAUCUCCGAAUCCCGCCGCUUCUAAGGSGUUCGAGGCACGCGGAACCGAAMCCGCUCGCGCUGCCGACAUGGAGACACAGGUGGUGGCCACGAAAAUACACACCACACAGUGCCGCGGUCCGUCCGAUUAUUCCGACUCGGAUUCGGAUUCCACGGCAUCGGGUGGUGCCCUCGCAUGGGUGUGAGGCGAGAUGGUGCGGCGCGAGAGGAUGGGGUGAGGGUCCAAGAUUCCACAACCGGGGGGGGGCACGAACUUAUAGACCAGCAAUAUAAUACAGUACAUAGAAUUCAUCGAUAUACAGCGAAUCAUCAAAGACUAAGGAAUUARGCAAUAGAAAGUUUACAAAUUC